CUCAGCCAAACUCAAUCUCUGUGGGCUCAUCCAAUCUCCCCUCCAUCUGCUCCGCUCUCCAUCGACCUGUAAGGAGUUUGCAUCUUUUCUAGUUAACUCAGUUCCCUAGCCCGAAUCUAACUGAUCUCUCUCUCUGUGCAGUUCCUGAUUAAGCUGCUGUUUCCUGAGAAUCUUCGCCGAUCCAAAAACUAUCUCUCUGUCAAAACUUUUCAAUAAACUAUCUAAACCGCUUCCAGUUUCGUGUUGUGUCUGCGCCAGAGUCAACUCUAGAAUCAUGUCAGAACCGACUGGCCAGCAAGACUCUGCAGCACAACUACGAACCGCUCUAUCUGAACAGGGAGUUCUCCUCGGCCGGCACGAUUCGGCUAUCUCUACUAUUGCUCAGCAACAAACCUCACUCAUGCAAACCCUUAGCCAACUGUCACUCCAACUUCUUCCAGGUCUCCCAUGCCUAGAGACGUUGUUUUGCCCACCCCGGAGCCAUUCAGCGGCGACCUGAACAAGAGCAAAGGAUUCCUGCUACAGUGCUCCCUAGUGUUCGGGCGGUCCCCGCAGUCAUUUCCGGAUGACGCCAACAAGAUCUCCUACGUCAUCGGCCUGCUCAGAGACAAGGCUUUAAGGUGGGCAGAAGCAAUAAUUGAUGAAUCUAACAUUGAUGAAUACUCCUUCAGAGAAUUUUUGGAUUUAUUCAAACAAACAUUUUGCCUGCAUGUUGGGGAGGAAGAAGCAGCCAAAAAAUUAUGGACUCUGAAACAGGGAAACAAGUCGGCUGCCGAAUUGGCAAUUGAGUUUCGCACUCUAGCCGCCGACUCAGGUUGGAACGAGACAGCCCUCAAGGGGGCGUUCCAACAUUCCCUUAGUGAAAAGCUUAAGGAUGAAUUAGCCUGCCGAGAGGAACCAGAAACCUUAGACCAGUUAAUUAAUCUAGCCAUCCGAAUUGACAAUAGGCUCAGAGAAAGGAACCGUCAGAGAAAUAUAGCUUCCCCGCACCAAGCUUUUGCUAUGACUCCUAGCCCUCAGUCUCAGCCUCGGCCACCUUCUCCUGAACCAAUGCAGAUUGGCAGAGCUCGGCUCUCACCUGAAGAACGCCAACGGCGGUUGUCUUCAGGGUGUUGUUUGUAUUGUGGCCACUCUGGUCACUUUAUUUCCACCUGUCCGGUUCGCCCAAAAGCCUUUGCCCGUCAGUAAAUCUGGGGGUACUGGCGGGCAAAACCAUGAUUCAAGACAACCUCCGCUUAACUUUUCACUCAUCCAUCUGCCUAGACCAUAAAAGCCUCCCCGUGCUCUCCCUAGUGGAUUGCGGUUCUGAACAGAAUCUCAUCAGUCCUGAU